CUCACCCAUCUUCAACAAGAAAAACCCCCCCCCCACGAAAACAAAGACCAUGCGAUCUCCAAGCGACCCUCUCCUCGCCUCCGAAACCCAACCACUCCCUCCAGGCCAGAUCUAUCUCCCUGACGACGAGGAAAACACACCAUCCACCGAGCCCCUCAUUGCGCGCUGCCGCCAGUCGGCCCGCAACUACCUCUCCUCCCGAUUCGGUCACUACCUCGUCCUAUUCCUUGUGUCUGUAGAUGUUGCCUGUGUUUUUGCCGAUUUCUUGAUUGAAAUCCACGUCUGCGAACUGGAGAAGAAGUACAAGCAUGUGCCUUCUGGGUGGGAAGAUGCUCAGGAGGCGCUGAGUAUUACCGGACUGGUGUUUUCGUGUCUGUUUAUGCUUGAAUUGGUGGUCGCUGUGGGGAGUUUUGGGAUGAGUUACUUCUCAUCUAAGUUCCAUAUCUUCGAUUCAGCGGUUAUUAUUGUCGCGUUCGCCAUUGAUGUGGCAAUGAGAGGGUUGGUUGAGGAACUGGGUUCCUUGGUCGUGGUUUUGCGGUUGUGGCGCGUGUUUAAGAUCAUUGAGGAGCUGGAGUCCGCUAGUGCGGAUUCUUUGGAGGAGUAUGAGCGGGAAAUUGAUCGAUUGAAGGAGGAGAACUACCUGCUUCGUCGCAGGGCGGAUUUUGGGGUUGAUGGGGUGAAUUGAGC